AAUCAAUCCUCCUGUCCGACGGAUGAGACAGCGAGAGAGGCUUUGAAUCCCCACCCCCGAUGCCUGAGCCCGUUUUGUGUGUCAGCUGUUCGUCUUGGAGGCGGCGGUGGGACCAAACCAUCGCGAUUGUUGUGCCCUGCCGGAUAAACAUGAGCUGAUUUUGUGGGGCGUGAAAGCGUUCUAAGAGGAAACGCGGCCAUGGAGGUUCGCUUUGGAAACAUCGUGUUCAACUCCAAGUUCGACUCGGGCAACCUGGCCCGCGUGGAGAAGGUGAAUAAGCACAUAACGAGCUUCCUUAAUGAUGCUGCUCCGGCCCCCGUAGGGGCCACAUGCGCCUCCAACAUCCCCGACUACGAGUUUAACGUGUGGACGCACCCCGACUGUGGCGGCACGGAACACGAGAACGGCAACAGGUCAUGGUUCCACUUCAGCGUGCAGGGCAUGGCGCCUGGAAAGCUGCUAAAGAUCAAUGUGAUGAACAUGAACAACCAGAGGAAGCUUUACAAUCAAGGCAUGGCGCCUCUCGUACGGACUUUCCCCGGAAAGAACAAGUGGGAGCGUGUCCGAGACAGACCCGUCACUGAGAUUGUUCGCAACCAGUUCAUCUUGUCCUUCACUCACCGUCUGCUGGAGGUUCGAGGCGCCACCACCUUCUUCUCCUUCUGCUUCCCUUUCUCGUACGCCGAGUGUCAGGAGAUGCUGCAGUCGUUGGACGACAGCCACCGUCACGCGGCACGGCUCGGUCCUUCCAGCCCUGCAGAUGAGAUUUACUACCGGCGUGAGCUGCUGUGUCGCUCUCUGGACGGCAACCGCGUGGACCUGCUCACUGUGACCAACUGCAGCGGCAUGCAGGACGAGCGUGAGCCUCGCCUGCCGCAGCUCUUCCCCGACGCUGAAACGCCGAGACCUCACCGCUUCGAGAACAAAAAGGUGUUCUUCCUGAGCAGCCGCGUGCACCCCGGAGAGACGCCGUCCUCGUUUGUCUUCAAUGGCUUCCUGGACUUCAUCCUGCGGAAAGAUGACCCGCGAGCUCACGCGCUCAGAAACAUGUUCGUCUUCAAGCUCAUCCCCAUGCUCAACCCAGAUGGCGUCGUGCGGGGACAUUACAGGACCGACUCGCGGGGCGUGAACCUGAACAGACAGUACAUGAAUCCCAGCCCCGAGCUUCACCCAUCCAUCUACGCCGCCAAAGCUCUGCUGCUCUACCAUCACUUGCACAACCGUACGACACACGAUAAGGCACAGCCCAGUGCCCCCCUCGCCCAGGCCCCUCCCAGUGACGUCCAAACGCUUCAACCUCACGUCGAGGAUGCCGAUCACGAGGUUCCUGCCCUCACCGCCUUGGAAGUCAGCUUGAACCAGCGCAAUGCAGCUAAGGACGCGACGCCCCCGCAGCCUGAGCUCACCUCGGCGACGGGGAAGAUUGGAUGGAUGGCAAAGGGAGACGUCAGCAGCUCGUCCGGCUCCUCGGUGAUCAUCGUGGCCGCCGUGCCGCCGGACGGACCGCAACAGCCACCGAAAGAGGGACCACCUACAAUACUGGUGGCAAAAGAGAAGGAGCAGGAAUCUCUUCCGCCAAAGGACGGUGGCGUGGCCUAUUACGUGGACUUGCACGGCCAUGCCUCCAAGCGGGGCUGCUUCAUGUACGGAAACAAUCUGCCUGAUGAGAGCCAGCAGGUGGAGAACGUGCUCUACCCGAGGCUGAUCGCCAUCAACUCGCCACACUUUGACUUUCUGGGUUGCAACUUCUCCGAGAAGAACAUGUACGCACGGGACAAACGGGACGGCCAGUCGAAGGAAGGCAGCGGCCGCGUCGCCAUUCAUAAAGCCAUCGGCAUUCUGCACAGCUACACUUUAGAGUGCAACUACAACACGGGAAAGGCUCUUAACCCCAUCCCAGCAGCGUGCCAUGACAACGGGCGGGCCACGCCACCGAUGAUGCCGACGUUCCCUCUCAAGUACACGCCGGAAAUCUUUGAACAGGUGGGGCGUGCCGUGGCCAUCUCGGCGCUGGAUAUGGCCGAGUGCAACCCGUGGCCCCGCCUGGUCCUGUCGGAUUACAACUGCCUGGGCAACCUGCGGGCAUGGGUGCUCAAGCACAUCCGCAACACGAAAGCCGCGAGCGCCCACCCGCCGAAUAAGGCGCACCACCCCGGCAAGGCAUCGCCGCCCAAGACCUUCCUCAACAGUCUGAGCGGCCAGCUGCUCGAAGGGUCCUUCGAUAGGGUGCGUUGCAACAGCCAGAGCAGCAGCAGCCUGACGCCCUCCCCCAAAAUGCCCAGCUCGCCCAGCUUCACCUUCGCAUGCCCCGCGCCGCGGGCGCACUCGCAGAACCACGCCAGCAAUGGCGGCAGCGGGCGAGGCGGCGGCAACAAGUCCGCCGGGACCGCAAGGGACGCCAAAACUGCAGAGAAGAGACACCCGCUUCCUCACCACCCCCUCCCCGCCGUCCUGCGUUCCCCCGGCAACAGCCACGCACCCACCUGCCCCCCUCAACCACCCUCACCCCCACUUUCCUCUUCUUCGUCGUCGUGCGCGGGGGCGGCGGUCUCCUCGAGCAUGGCAGGCCUGAGUUGUGCAGAUUUCCAUGCAGGCUCGGCGGCGGCCUGGUCCAAACCAGCUUUACCUGCACGUGCCGGCCGAAGCGGAAGAGGAAACCGAAACGUCGGCCACCGCGCCGCCACAGUGGCUGCUAAAGACUGUGGGCCCGAGCACAUCCUGGCCUCGGUCAAAGUGAGCAAGUGCGAGCUGCAGCCACAUGCAGGUGUGCGCAUCAGGAAGGCAGGGGUGUCCGCCGGUGCGCGCCUCGCUAAAAACCGCCCCAACGGAAUCAUUCAAGGAGCUGAUGACGAGCGAAGCAAGCAGCAGACGUGUAAAUCCCUCAAGAGGACCACCGCCCGAGCCCAUGUUGUGAAAUAGCGAGCUCUACGAAGGCCAAUCUGGGUACUGCACAUUUCCUCAACAAGCUGUGGGUUGGCAGUGAAUAGCCUCGUCAGAACAAUAGCGCUAACUUUAAAACCGACAGCUGUUUCAUCUCUUCCUCAUGAAGUGUUCCGUGAGUGUCAUGUAUAUUUCCGUAUCAUUGAGUGCAAUCGUAUUGUUGUUGUCAGGUCCAAGUGCCUUCACCACAGUGAGUAUAACCAAGCGUUUACCUGCAUUUAAUGUCUCUAUAUAUUCACCAAACACUGUACUGUGACACGCUCACCUACAAUUUAGUGGUACCUUGAACUCACGAGUGCCUCAAAGAUCUUUUUUGUCAGUCUUGUGGGACCCAAGAACAAACAAAAAAAUUAUAUGUUUAAUUAAAUAGCUGAAUAAUUGGUUAUCUGAAUUAUUUCUGGCAAUUAUCAAAAUCUGCCCCCACCCCAAAAAAAAUAAAGAAAAUAGAUCGCCCUCGCUCAAAUGAGAACACUGGCAAGGACCGAGGCAGGCCUGUUCAAUGUGGAAAUAAUGUCACCAGCGGGCCACGGCGAGGGAAUAGCUUCGUUCCUCAACAACACACGUGGAGUUGUGUAUUCACCCCACCACGGUUUGCCGUCUGUUUGUAAAAGUCACUUCCAAUUGGUGGUGGAAGCAGAGUUUUGGGGAGCCCACUCGGUCCUCGACACACGAGCGGCCAGUGGCUAAAAAACAUUUCCUCUUCUCGAAACACGCCCACUCGCUCACCCCUUACAGGUGGUUAAUUACCACCACCUGUGCUAUUGCCCUUAACGGACCGGCAGAAUUUCUCAAUAGGCCUACCUAAAAUAACCCAGGGGCUACACACGAAUACUGCAGUGCAUACAAUAAAAAAACUUUUAUAUUCUCUAAUAUUUUCUUUUGGCGCUGCAAAAAAAUUCCUGACAUUUCAAUGGGGAAGAUUAGAUCGACGAGCAAAGUGAAGUUGGGCUCGGUCAAACUCAUGAGUCAAGAUACCACUGUGCACACAUUUGAGUGAUGAGCACCUUGUUACCGAACCUCAUUCUGUAAAAUGUUGCCUAUAAGAAUUCACUUCAAUGCUGCUCCUUUACACACGUUGGAUAUUGUCUCGCAUUUUGUGUGUUUUCAUAGAUUCAGGCGAGUUCCGCUCAAGCGCCGCCGCCAAAAUUUGUUAAGAUGUUUGCUUGAACUUCCACCAUUUGUUCAUACCUUCUGUGAUUAAUUUUAAGAAAAAUGCGUCCAAUGUAAAAUAUUCACUGUGAACCACUAAGUGUUGAAUAUUAUGCUAUAAAAGUAUUUUGUCACCA